UAAGCGCAGAAUAAUUUCUGGUAGGCCCGAGGGACUUCUUUCGUGUUCAAAAGCGUUUCCCUUUUUACCUAGCAUCCUCCAUGUCGAUAAAGCAUUGCCGACGGGGAAAGUGGUGAUAGUAGGGAUAAAUACAAAGGAAAGCGGUGAUCGGAGAUGUGGGCGGCUUCUUGUCUUGCUUCGUGCUGCGCGAGCUGCACCUGCGGCCUUUGCACUUCGGCCGCGGCAGGGAUCUCUCGCCGUUCGGCUAGGCUCGCCUACUGCGGUCUAUUCGCUCUCUCCCUCGUACUCUCCUGGAUCCUUCGAGAGGUGGCUGCCCCUCUGCUCGAGAAAAUUCCAUGGAUAAAUACUUUCACCCGCACUCCACCAAAAGAAUGGUUUCAGACCAAUGCAGUUCUUCGUGUCAGUUUGGGAAAUUUCUUGUUUUUUAUCGUGCUUGCCUUGAUGAUGAUAGGGGUCAAGGAUCAGAAUGACAAACGAGUUUCAUGGCACCAUGGUGGAUGGAUUUUGAAGAUUGUUGUAUGGGCGGUGCUAGUUGUUCUUAUGUUCUUCCUCCCAAAUGUGUUCAUUACAAUUUAUGAGACAUUGUCAAAAUUUGGCUCUGGAUUUUUUUUACUGGUUCAAGUGGUCCUGCUUCUGGAUUUCACUUACGCAUGGAAUGACUCGUGGGUUGAGAAAGAUGAGCAAAAAUGGUACAUUGCUUUACUUUCAAUAUCUGGAUUGUGCUAUAUUGCUACGUACUCAUUCUCAGCGGUGCUUUUUAUCUGGUUCAACCCAUCUGGCCAUGAUUGCGGCCUUAAUGUUUUCUUCAUCGUUAUGACCAUGAUUCUUGCUUUUGCUUUUGUUGUUAUUGCACUGCAUCCCAAGGUGAAUGGCAGCCUCUUACCUGCUUCUGUUAUCUCCGUGUACUGUGCAUAUCUGUGCUAUAGCGCUCUCUCAAGCGAGCCCAGAGACUAUGAGUGCAAUGGUCUCAACAACCACUCAAAACCUGUUUCCACAGCUACCCUGGUUUUAGGAAUGCUAACAACUGUCCUUUCAGUAGUUUACUCUGCUGUCAGGGCUGGUUCUUCAACAACAUUUCUCUCACCGCCGUCCUCUCCAAAAUCCAGUUCGUCAAAGCCAUUGAUUGAAGGAGAAAUUGAGUCAGGGAAGAAUGAUACAAAGCCUGUUACGUACUCUUAUUUCUUCUUCUAUCUUAUAUUUGCACUGGCCAGCAUGUAUUCUGCCAUGCUUCUUACUGGCUGGAGUAGCUCAACAUCUGGCACCUCAGAGCAGAUUAACGUCGGAUGGACUUCAGUUUGGAUUCGUAUCUGCACACAGUGGGCAACAGCUGCUCUAUAUGUGUGGACUCUUGUGGCCCCUCUUAUCUUCUCUGAUCGUGAAUUCUAUUGAGAUCUCCUCUCUCUACAUGGUUUGGCUCGAAUUGCUCUGAGUACAUAAUGGUAUUGCUUUCUUUGUUUUAGUCUUAUUAUAACUAGCGUGUAAGGGAUAAAGCGCAAGACAUGGAAGUGCUUAGAAAGACAGCUUGUAAAUAUUUGUUGAAGUUCAUGCUACUUCACUAUUUGUCUAUAACAGUAUAUGUUUGAGUAGAUGUUCAAAUCAUUCAGUGUUUAUAAUUAUCCAAAUUAUAGUUUUAUUGGA